ACACACACACACGCACGCACAGGCGCGCGCAAACUCGCAAUACCAUUAGCCGUUGUUGCCGCCGUGCCUGCCGAUCGAAUCGCGCACACCGUCACGCGUCGCUGCGUUCCCCCGGGUUUGCGAGCUUCUGCACUCGACGGGGAUCCCCUUGCUGGAUCAGUAAUUCGGUUGAUUUGUUGAUGGUCAUCUAACCUCGGAGGAGAUAUAUCGGCUCGCCGCGAGGACGAAACCAAGUCGUCGCCGAAGAACCCGCGGUUCCCUCAGUAAAACGCCAAGAUGGUUAAUUUCGGGAAGAGCCUGAUGGCGGACCAAUUGGAGGAGUGGAAAGAGUACUACAUUAAUUACAAAAUGAUGAAGAAAAAGGUAAAGCAGUAUGUUCAGCAAACCCAGAAUGGUGGAAGAGAUCGUGAACAGGUUCUUAAAGAGUUCUCAAGGAUGCUUGACGAUCAGAUUGAAAAGAUUGUGCUCUUUCUUCUUCAACAACAAGGCCAUCUUGCUAGCAGGAUCGAGAAAUUGGGAGAAGAGCGUGCAGUGCUUAUGGAACAAUCAGAUUCAUUCCAAAUUUCUGGUCUACGAGAGGCCUAUAGGGAGGUUGGACUUGAUCUUAUGAAACUCCUUAGAUUUGUUGAUAUGAAUGCUACCGGAAUUCGGAAGAUACUCAAAAAAUUCGAUAAGCGUUUUGGCUAUAAGUUCACAGACUAUUACGUCUCCACUCGUGCAAACCAUCCCUGUUCCCAGCUUCAGCAGAUCUUCAAGCAAGUGGGUAUUGUAGCUGUAGUUGGCGCUUUGUCGCGCAACCUUGCAUUUCUCCAAGAUCAUCAAGGAAGCUUUCCAUCCAUCUAUGAUCAUCCAUCAAUUACCUUAAAGGACCCUAUUAUAGAACAAAUAAAUCAUUCGGUACAGAAACUCACACAUGCGACAAACUUGCUGCAAUUCAUAGGACAACAUGCACUUAUCAUUCCAGAAGAUAUGCAAAGUGGCUCAGAAGAUCUUGUUGAUGACCAAAGUUACCAUUUCAUGUCACUGCUUCUGAACCUAGCUAACACAUUUCUUUACAUGGUGAACACAUACAUCAUCGUGCCAACCGCAGAUGACUAUUCAGUUAGCCUCGGAGCAGCAGCUACCGUCUGCGGCGUGAUCAUCGGAUCGAUGGCAGUUGCGCAAGUGUUCUCUUCAGUUUACUUCAGUGCCUGGUCAAAUAGGUCUUAUUUCAGACCCCUCGUGUUCAGCAGCAUUAUGCUGUUCUUGGGGAACCUGUUGUAUGCUUUGGCAUAUGAUGUGAAUUCCCUAGCUGUUCUAAUAGUUGGCCGGCUUCUCUGCGGGUUGGGUUCUGCGAGAGCAGUGAACCGUAGGUACAUCAGCGACUGUGUUCCUCUCAAAACCAGGCUGCAGGCAUCUGCAGGAUUUGUUAGUGCUAGUGCUCUUGGAAUGGCCUGUGGUCCUGCUCUUGCCGGUUUGCUGCAGACAAAAUUUAAGAUCUACGGUCUUACAUUUGACCAGAACACGUUGCCCGGGUGGAUCAUGUGUUUGGCUUGGAUUAUUUACUUGUUUUGGUUGUGGAUUUCAUUUCAAGAGCCGGACCACAUUGUUAGGGAGAAUUCAGUUGACACACCGUCGUCUGAUUCAUGUCACCAACGAAACGGUAAUUUGGAAGAUGGUUUAUCACAGCCUUUUCUCAUAGAUGCCAAAGAGAGACUGGAUGAAAAUGGAGAUGAUAAUGACGACAAUGAAGAAGACCCUGAAGACUCGCAUAAACCGGCAACAUCACUUGCUGCAGCAUACAGAUUGUUAACACCAUCUGUGAAGGUUCAGCUAUUGAUCUACUUUAUGCUCAAGUUUGCCAUGGAAAUUCUAUUGUCCGAGUCGAGUGUGGUCACUACAUUCUACUUCAACUGGUCUACAAGCACCGUGGCCAUGUUUCUAGCAGUUCUUGGGUUGACAGUUCUACCUGUAAAUGUCAUCGUUGGGAGCUAUGUUACCAACCUAUUUCAAGACAGGCAAAUUUUGGUGGCAUCAGAAAUCAUGGUCCUGAUCGGCAUAGCCAUGAGCUUCCGUUUCACCUCUCACUACUCAGUCCCACAGUACGUCUCGUCGGCUCUCAUCACGUUCGUCUUCGCCGAGGUGCUCGAAGGAGUCAACCUGUCCCUCCUUUCCCGGGUGAUGUCGUCGAGGCUCUCACGCGGAACCUACAACGGCGGGCUCCUCUCGACGGAAGCCGGGACGUUGGCCCGCGUCGCGGCGGACAUGACGAUCACUGCAGCGGGCUACCUUGGCCAGAACAGCCUCCUGAACGCAACCCUGCUUCCGUCCUUCGUGAUCUGUGUAGCUUCCAUCUUCGCGACAUUCUGCACCUACAACUCGUUGUACUGAGGAACUGUUUCUCUCCGUCUGUAUGUACAAGCAGUUGACACGGUUCCUGGCCACUGGAGAAGUGGAGGCCUGGGCGCCGGUGCAGCUAGUUGCUAUUAGUUGUCAUUGUGGAAGGUUAGGUUAUGUAGUGUAGUAGUUACAAAGUUAACAGACUGUACGAGUAUGUCCAAUAAACUCUACUGAUCAAAUGCUCCAAA